AUGCUCACCACCCAUCACCACGACGUCAUUGCUAGGUCUCAGAUGCCCGUCGAGCAGCUUCCUUACCGCGCCACGAAGGCCACAAGCCGGCGGCGUUAUAUUUCAGUGCGCAACCGCGGCAUGGAACCGGCGACCGAGUCCGCGAAUGCUGCCGCUGGCGCAGGUGCUGGGAAAAAUUUCAUGGACCGGCUUCCCCACCUUCCGCACCGGCCCACAAAGGAGGAGCUACUCGCCGCCGCUAAUGGCGCAUGGUCUCGGUUCAAAGUCCAUUUCAAAUGGUUUUCUAUUAGAAGUGGACGGAAAUUCAACAUGGACGAUAUCAGUGCUUUUUUUUCCUGGAUCCUCCUCGGCCACCUCGCCUGGAUCAUCGUUGGUACGACUACCUUCUUCUCCAUGUGCAUCUUUCUGGUGAACACGGUUUUCGCGCAAGAGACGUUGGCUCGGACUGUAGGAAACUACCUUACCAAGUCUUCUGGUGUUCAAGUCGUUUUCGAGUCUGCUAUUAUUCCAAAAUGGGGAGAUGGUGUCAUCACUUUCAAAAACGUCUUUGUGUCCAGGCGGCCGGGUCAAGGUCAAGGCAAUGUCAGCAAAGGCUCUCGAGAGUCGGCAGCCGCCGCCGCAGCCGUGGCUGUGACAAAGGAUCCCAGUAGCGACGGUUCGAUUGCCCAGGAAGACGACGGGAACUACACCCAGUUCGACCUUACCAUCAACACAGUGAACGUGACCCUGUCGUUCACAAAAUGGUUUAACGGAAAGGGACUUCUGCGAGAUGUUGAAAUCAAAGGGAUCCGCGGCGUCGUUGAUCGAACUCACCUGAUUACUCCAGAUGAGUAUAUCGAUCCGAGGUCGUACAAGCACGAGCACCAACCUGGCGACUUUGAGCUGGACUCCUUCAAAAUGGAAGAUUUGCUCGUAACCGUCUACCAACCGGAUGGAUUCAGGCCAUUCCCACACAGUCGUAUCAGGAUUGACGGGCUCAGCAUUGACCACCUCAACCGUGGCGUCGAAGGACCUUUUGGCUGGAUCCACGAAGGAAACGUGGAUAUCGUGGCUGACAUUAUGUUCCCUGCGGACAGUGAAGAGGGCAUCGCAAAAGUCAUGUCCGAUUUUUACGACCGCAUGGAGGCCACUGUCACGGCUCAUGAUGACUCCUCGGAGGCUGGGAGUGAAGAUGACAAGAGGUUCCUCGUCAUGGACAUGCGUGUUCAGUUCAACGACGUCCGCGCCGCCGUACCACUCUUCACCAAUGAUAUUUCCUACGUCAACAACGCCCUUAUUCGCCCCAUUGUGGCGUACAUAAACUCGAAACGGACAUUCAUUCCCGUCAAUUGCCGCGUUGUCAAGCGCGCCGGCGAAUUUGACGGUUCUUGGACCAUCUACGACAGUGGUCUUAUGGACGAUCUUUCCCGCGAGCUCUACGAAGCCUUUGCCCGCGACAUUAACGAUGACCGUCAGAUGCGUGCGCGCCGCUUCAAGAAGGUGGGCAUCUGGACUCUCCAGCUGGCCGCGCAAGCGCUCUUCCUCGGGCUGGCGGGUAACAUCGCCUAA